AUGAAAUUCAGUGGAGAUUCGGCUUGGAUUCUUCGAAUAGCAUCCACCCUCAUUACUAAAAGCGCCUUCCGAGUUAUUAUGAUCAUUGGUAUCCAGCCUUGCAAUGUCUUUGGCAAAUGGAAGCUCUCCAAUCCUGGGAUAGGAAGCACAUCCAUUCGGAUCAUCAUGGCACUCACAUCUAUCUGGGCAACCACAAAAGCGGUAAUUCAAGGACGUCUUCUUGCACGCAAUGGGCAAGUGAGUCUGGACACUAGUACAAUCACUAUUCCUUCCGAGUUUCCUCACCACUUCGACAUCGAUCACUACGACAUCGGCUACUACGACUACUACACUGCCGCUGCCAAUUAA